AUGCGAAAGAAAGCGCAACCUGAAAAUCCACCUCACAAUGCUUCUUUGAGCCCCGAAAGAAAUUAUGAAGACUUCAAAAGUCCUCCAAAAUUUAAAAUUCCCCGAGAAGCCUCCCCAGAAACUACCAACUCUAGAGAUGUAAACAAAAUUUUGCAACAUAAAGAGCACAGCCGUCGAAAAAUAGAUACAGCCAAUUUCCAAGUUCAGCCAAAAGCUCCAGAAGCAUCUCAGCCGAUGAAAGAAACCCCACCUGAAAUUUUCCUUCAUCGAAACCCGCAGGGUGGCAUUUAUGUCCAUGAAAAAGACAUCGAAACGCUUUUCCGCUUCAUAGACACUCACAACUACGGCAGAAUAACAAUGCAAGAUCUCAAAAAAAAAGUAUCCCUUUUCGCGAAAGAAAUGACCAAUAGAGAUUUCAAGUUCUUGAUGGCAGGUAAAAAUGAUAUCAGCAUCAGAGAACUUCAUGACAUUUUGAAAUAUAAUGAACUUGAAGAUUUUGACCCAAUCGCAGAAGCUUUUAAGUUUUAUGAUCCUGAAGGGACUGGAUAUAUUCAUUUUUAUUGAAACGGCAAUUUAGUUAGAGAUAUUUUUUAAGUAAAUGGCUACUUUUAAUAAAUUUUUAAUUUAAUUUAGAUCUGAAUAUGUGGACUUGGAAAGAUUAAGAGAGAUUUUUUCGCUUUUGGGCUAUGAAGACCUAACUUAUGGAGAUCUGCAAAUUUUAGUUGAGUGUGCUGAUGCGGAUUUGGAUGGAAAAAUAUCACUUGAAGACUUCAGAAGACUGAUACCAGUCCAUGAGCCUAAGGAAGGGGAGCCAAAAGCAAAAAAUAUUAAUGUUGUGUCUGAUCCGGAGCUGCAUCAACAGUUUGUAGCAAAUUUGAAAGAAUAUGGGGAUACUAAAAAAUAA